UUCGAUAUUCUUAUUUUACAAUAGAAACAAGCAUAGCUCUCGAUUAGAAGGGGGAAGUAGGGUGAUUUCCCCCUCCUAAAUUUUUUGUUACAUUCUGCCGUCCUUCCAGAAAAUUUUCUCUUAUCAAGAGCUAACGGUUUUUAAUCUUUCGGUGGACUAGGUUGGCUAUGCAUAAGCGAAGUUCUGUUUCCAAUUCUUUUAAGAGAACAAGCUAUUUUCUUUCAAAGAGAAAAAAACUAGGCUGCCACUCGAGCAACGCUCGAAUAGACAAGGCGGCUGACUGCACGAGCCCGAAAAAUACCAGAGUACGACUGUAUACGAUAUCUGCUAUUUCAAAAUCUUAGACUCAGAUAGAGGAAAUCAUUAUGAAUUUAAGUCUUUUUCUGAUAUCUUGACUCAACUGACAAGUGAGAGAUAAUGAAUCUGAAUCUUCUAUUGCUAUAUAAAGAAAAUUGCAGCUGUCAGGCCAUACGAUUAGGGAGUGGAAGAUGGGGAUUUUCCCUCACCUAAUUCUUUUCUUUCGUUCUGUCUUUCUCCCGGGAAAUUUUUGUUAGCUGCUGUUUAGCGAGUUUUUCGAUAUUUUCAAUAGAGAAAAUGCACCAAAAUCAUGCAAAAGAGAAAGCUUUCUACCUAGUUUUCAAAGAGAAACAGCCCUUUUCUUCAAAAGAGAAACUUUAUUUCAAGAUUUCAAAGAAAACUAGCUGUUUUUAAGAAAGAUAAUGCGUUCUCUUUAGGUUUUCAAGGAGAAUCAGACACUUUCUCCCUGACUUUGGGAGACUUUCUCCCCCUCCUGAAUAAAACCAAACGAAAGCUCUGGAAACAAAACCAAAGACCUGAAACUUUCACGAGAAAUCAUUUUCAUGAAAACUUAUCUCUAUGCAAAGUUUCAAAGUAAACAUUCGAAAAACAAUUUUUCUAAAUGAGACUCUAUAUGAUACUUAUAGUCUCGAUCUAAAAGCAAUUAAUAAUUUAGGCGAAUUCCCUAGAUUUUAAAAUAUCAAUAUUGAUUUAUUUUUAGGCAAAAGCAUUAUCAUCAUCAAAAGUUCAAUUAGAAGAUAAUGCAAAAGAUAUUCUUAAAUUAGAACGAACUAUAGCUGAUUUACAACAACAAAAAUGU